UUUGACGCUCGGCUCCUAAGGGGAGCUCAGCCCAUCCCUUCCCUGCCCACGGGGUGACUUUGACCCACGGGGCGCGCAGAGCGGGAGAGGUGUCCGGUCUGUCCCCUCCCCACGCUCCGUGGAGGGCCUGGACCCGCGGCAGAGCCGGGACCCCGGCAGGGGCUGAGACCCCCCCGGUGGGCUGAUUAAAGAACAGCGAGUCGGGAUCCCGGGAGCGGGAUCCGAAACGAGGGGUGGGGGCUGGCAGAGAACGGACACCGUGGGGCAAGGAGCGGGACCCCCGCGGGAGCAGGUGCGGGUACCGCCGGGGCAGGGGCCGUGGCCGUUGCCGGGGCCGUUGCCGGGGCCAGACCGGUCCCUGCCCCCGCCAGGCUCCACCCCGGGCGGUGCGGGAUAAAACUUCGGGCACCUCCCCGGCAGCUCCGCGUCAGGGCUGCGCUCGGACCGGCUGCAGUGCUCGGGAGGUGACACCGCACCCUCCACCGCCUCCCCCCGGGACGUUUCUGGGGUCUCUCUCCCUCUUCCUGCCACCGGAGGCAGCUGAGCUCCCGCCGCGCCGGGAUCCGCGGGGCCGUGCUCGGUCGGCGGAUGGACCCGCAGCCCGGCGCCAGGAGCUGCAGCCGCGGGGCUCCCGCCUGCGAGGUGGGGCCACCCGAGCCCCCCAUGAACCUCUACAUCCACACCACCACCGGCACCCGCUAUGAGCUCUCGGUGCCCGCCGAGGAGACGGUGGAGGGGCUGAAGCGGCGGCUGUCCCAGCGCCUCAAGGUGCCCAAGGAGCGUCUGGCGCUGCUGCACAAAGAGAGCCGCCUCAGCUCUGGCAAACUGCAGGACCUGGGGGUCGUGGAAGGCAGCAAGCUGACGCUGGUGCCCACCGUGGAGGCCGGCUUGAUGUCCCAGGCGUCCAGGCCAGAACAGUCGGUGAUGCAAGCUCUGGAAAGCUUAACUGAAACUCAGGUCAACGAUUUCUUGUCGGGCCGGUCCCCGCUGACCCUGGCCCUGCGUGUGGGUGACCACAUGAUGUUCGUGCAGCUGCAGCUGGCGGCUCAGCAGAGCACCGGGCAGCUCCAGCACCGACACCUCAUCGCCAGCCGCGGCGAGGCGGGGGCCGGCGCCAGCCCCCACUGCCGGACGCUGCACGGCGCCGGCGGCUCAGGCUUCGCCCGCAUCCCCGUGGUGCCCUCGUGCCAGCAGAGCCCGGCCCCCAGCCCCACGCCCCCUGCGCCGGCCCCCCCCAUGUACUGUAACGCCCCUCACGCCGCUCCUGUCACCGCCGGCAUGUUCCGGUCACACGGGGCCAGCACGCAGACGGUGAACAGCAGCGUGGUCUCCUCCUGCUCGGAGGUGGACUGUGGCUCCCGCAGCAGCAGCUCCCCGGGCAGCAGUCCGGCCCCCUCGGCCCGAUCCCGCAAGCCCGGGGCGGUCAUCGAGAGCUUUGUCAACCACGCGCCUGGGGUCUUCUCAGGGACCUUCUCCGGCACUUUGCACCCCAACUGCCAGGACAGCAGCGGGCGGCCGCGGCGGGACAUCGGCACCAUCCUGCAGAUCCUCAACGACCUCCUCAGCGCCACGAGACACUACCAGGGCAUGCCCCAGUCCCUGACACAGCUCCGCUGCCAGACGCAGUUCUCCUCCUCCUCCUCCUCUUCCUCCUCCUCGCCGCCUGCCUCUCCAGACCUCGCCACCAAAACUACCUCAGAGCCGCUGCCGGCGGCCGCCGCCCCCUCCCUGCACCCCGUCGUCCAGUGCCAAAGCCAGAUCCGGAUGUGCAAGCCCAGUGGGGACCGGCUGCGGCAGACGGAGAACCGGGCGACGCGCUGCAAGGUGGAGCGGCUGCAGCUGCUGCUGCAGCAGAAGCGGCUGCGGCGGAAGGCGCGGCGGGACGCCAGGGCCCCGUACCACUGGGUGCCCAACCGCAAGGCCGGCCGCACCAACAGCAACAGCAGCGUCUCCAGCGAGGGCAGCCUGGACCUGGACUUCGAGGACUCGGUCUGGAAGCCGGAGGUCAAGGCCGAGAUGAAAUCCGAGUUUGUCGUAGCAUAGAGAGCCAGGGGACUGUGCCGGGGGGUCCCACUGGCCGGCCCCGCGUCGUGGGGCUCCUCGGGAUUUGCCGUCUCCCGCCACCGGACGCGUUGGGCCGACCUGUGUGCUGGGGGAGCCCCCCAUCCCCCUGCUCCGCUGGGUUUGGGGCGAUGGGGAAGAGCAGCAGGAGCCGCCCCCUCCUCGCAGCCUCCCCAGCUCGGGGGUCUGGGGUGCAUCGAAGCUGCUGCUUUGCUGUGAAGAGGGGCACAGCUCCGGCCCCACCUUGUGCCACCCCAGCCCGGUGCAGGCAGGAGGAGAUGAAGUCUCUCUCGGAGGUGCUGGAGCCCCCCCCUCGAUUUGGGGGCCGUUUGUUUUCCUUCCCUUCUAUAUGUAGCAUUGCUCGGCUGUGGGGCUGGGCCCCCCCGGGGGGACACGUGUGCCUGGGCCCCACCGCCGCAGCCUGGGGAGGGGGGACGGGGGUGGGGGGGCUUUGUUUUUUGGGGGGUGUUAAUUUUGUUUGGGGAGGGAGAAGCCCAGGCGCCUUCCCUCCGCGGCCGAGCCCAACUUCCGAGUCCCUGGACUCCUUCCCACCCACCGCUUGGGUGGUUGGAUUUUUUUCUUUUUUAACUUAAAAAAAAAAAAAAGAAGAAAAAAAAAAGAAAAAAACCCCUGAAUAAAUAACCCCAAACUCGGUCCCGGCUGCAGGGCCGGUAUUUAUAGACAUUAAUGACCCGACUGAGCCAAUACUGACAUAGUCUUCAUAGGCCGUAGGAUCCUUUUUCUUGUCCGACUUGGAUUUUUUUCCGUCAGGAUCUGUGCAAAUAGAGCCCCCACGUGAUGUGUUUUUUGUCUGUAAAAGUCUUUUUUUUUUUUUUUUUUUUUUUGUGUGUGUGUUUUGGGGAAAGGGGGGCGGGGGGUGAAGAGCAAGGCUUUUUCGGUCUUUAAUAUUUUAUUUUUUAUUUUUGAAAUAAAUUUGGGCAGUCUGGAUGCAA